AUGAGGCUUGAUUCAGUGCAUUUAUCCAUGCUGGUCAUCGGGGUCUCAUUCGCCUGCUACUCCCCGAGUUUGAAUUCCCUGCAGGACCAGGCUUACAAAUCCGCUGUGGUGAUCGAGGGCAAGGUGCAGUCUACGCCUGGGAACGUCACCGCGGAGCCGUAUCGUGUGAAUGUCAAAGUGCUGGAUGUGUGGCCCGUCAACAGCGGGGGUCUGGAGCGAGAGCAGCUUGUCACUGUGGGGGAAUUUGGAUCUGAGGCGCCGUGCACCAAAGUAAAGAAAAACCAUAAGUACAUUUUUUUCAUGGACCCUACAGAUGAGCCCUUAGUUUUCAGAGCAUCGUUUGCACCACUGGACACCAGCGAGAAAAACCUUAAAAAGGAUGUUGGGAAGAUCCUAUGUGAGGACUGCGGUAAGUUCAUGUUUUGUGGAUUCCCGGUGAAGUGCAACCCGGAAGAAUGA